UAUAAAUAGCUUCUAACCUAGUUCAUGUUUAACUACAAUAUACUCUUAGUUCUUCAAUGACUAAAACUAACUAUUUUAUCUUCCUUUGUUGUGUACAAAUUCUUAUCAUUAUUGUUACAAUUGAGUCGUCUAAAGAUGAAAACCAAUUUGGUGCAAUCGAAGAAACUAAAAGAAAAAUUGGGAUGAUUGGUUGGGGAGGCUGGAAAGUCAUGGGAAGAAGAGAAAAUGAUAAUGGAGGAGAGAAAGAAGGUGAAAAGGGCGAAGAAGUGCAAGAAGAAGGUGAAAAAGAAGAAGGUGAAAGAGAUGAAGAAAGUGAAGAAGAGAAUGAAAAUGAACAAAAUCCUGGGGGUGCAGGAAGUUGGGGUUGGGGAGGCAACGCUAAAAAUGGAUAUGGACAAAGUGGUGGGCGUGCGGGAAGUUGGGGAUGGGGAGGUUUAUUUGGCAGCAAAAAUUGAAGGACACAUUACUCAUUACAUCACACAUUAUCAUUGUGAUUGAUUGUCUAUAAAUCUACGUGUUGUGGAUAUCUACACACUCUUAGCUCAAGAGAGAUAUUCUUCUCAAGACUGCACUAGUAGUUUAGAAAAAUCAACCAACAUUAAGGAGGGCUUUAAUGAAAGAUAAAUGUGAACUGCAAUUUUAGAAGAGUAUUAUAUCUUGUAUGUCUUCAAAAACAUGAGAAGGUCAUUAAUAUGAUGAAGUAACUCACAAUGAAUCAAGUGAUUCAAAGGGUGUUAUGUGUAAUGAAAAUUUUCAUUUGCAUAUUGACCUAAUCAUUAGAUGCAAUUAGGAAAUUGUGUUUCAAGCUAUUCAAAGUCUAUAUGCAUAUUAAAAUAAAUUAUUUAUGCUUAA